CAUUUAGAACAAGACCAACAAUUUGAGAGGCAGAAAUUAAAGACUAGGGUGUUUGAACUUUGAAGGACUUAGAUCGACAAUUACCCGAGUUGGAUCAGGAGAAACACUCGGGUCGGGUCAUUAGAUUCGGAGGCUAACGUAUAAGUAGGAAUCCGAAUAAUUGGCAAAGCAAAGACGUUAAACCCUUGUUAGCGAAUUGCCAGCAGUUAUGUUCUCCUCCGCUCGAUCUUUUCUUAAACCUUGGUUAUCAUUCCGUCGCAAUUUCAGAACCGGAAACGGUACAGUUACAAUUCUACCCCUGUAAAAUCCAAGCAUUCGAAAAGAUAUUUUGAUAAAAUCCAAACCCUCUUUUGUUGAUAGGAUUGUACUUAGGUUAAAAAACUUAGGGUUAGGUUUAGAAGAAGAGGGGAGUUUGAAAUUGGAUUCGAGUGUGUUGGUUAAUGGCGAAAACGAGAAAAUUAUUGAAUAGGGUUUGGGUUAGAAAGGAUAUGAUAUUAGAAGAGAGUGAUGGUGAAGGAGAUAAUAGUACAUGGGAUGAAGAGAAACAAAGGAGACCGACGUUGGCUGAAUUGACGAUUGAGGAUGAGGAGAAUGGCUACUACUUUGAGAGAAACAGUUACUGUACCUAAAGCUGGGAUUACACGACUAGUGUUGGAAAAGAUUCAUCAUACAUGGAGCAAGAAUGAGCCUGUAAAUCUUAAGUUUCAUGACCAUUUGGCUUGUGAUAUGAAGACUGCCCACAUGAUUGUUGAGAUAUUAACUGGGGGAGUUCCCCUUCUAAGAAACAAAUAUUACAUAAUCAUUUAUAGAGGAAUGGAUUUCCUCCCGCCUAGUGUUGCAGCUGCUUUAGCAGAAAGGCUGGAGAUAACAAAACAGAUGCAAGAUGAUGAAGAGAAAAAGCUGACUGGGCUUGCUGAAGUAGCCACAGCAGCACCGUUGGCUAUAGAAGGCCAUGCUGUUGCCGGUACUUUAGCAGAAUUUUAUGAGGCUCAAGCUCGGUGGGGGAGAGAAGUAGCUGCCGAAGAACAUGAAAGGAUGUUAAAUGAAGCGGCUAGAGCUAAGAUGGCCCGAGUAGUUAAGCGGCUUGAACAUCAACUUGGGAUUGGUGAUUUUGGUAAUGCGGACAUAAAUACUAGCAAUUUGGAGGAGCUCGGUCAGUUCAAUCGUGUCUCAGGAUUUUCACAAAGUGAAGAUGAAACUUCAUAUCUGGAGUCUGAUGAUGACGAGGAUGAAGAUUCCGAAUGGGCAAAUGACGAAGAUUCAGAAUACUCCAGUGAUGAGGAUGAUGAAACAGGAUAACAGCAUUUCAUGGCUAAUUGUUUAUGAGGAGCUGCAUUAUAUCAAAGGCUAGUCUAUUGAGGUGUUAAACCUACUGUAAAGACACGCUCAAAUUCUUUGAGCAUUUGCUGGCAAUAAGGGGUGUUCAUGGGUCGGUUUUGGGUUAAAACCAAAAUCAAACCAAUAUAGUCCGUUUUUAGAAUUAUUAAAACCAAACCAAAUCAAAUAUAAUA